AUGUUAAGAUUUCAAAAAUUGUUAUGUUUUACCAUCGCUCUUGCAACUCUAACCUUUUUCGAUGGAGUAACAGCUCACGUAAGAAUUAAACCUGUAAGAAUUAAACCUGCUUUACCGAAGACUGGAGAUCCAAUAACUGUGGGUGAUGUCGCGCCUUAUACCGUUAAGGUUGUAUCUACUUUCGUGGCCAGCCUCGAAAAUGAAUGCGCCAAGACAGAGAACUUUAAGAACUUCUUCGACAAAGUUAAUGACUUUUCCAAGUACGUAUCCUCAGUCUCUAAAGUGAAGGAUCGUGAGUCUCAGAUGAAGGCUAAGGCAGGUAGCCUUUUCCAGGCCAUAUCAGCCCUAGGUUCUGAUGAAAAGGGAUCUAGAGGAGGAAAGGUGAAUAAACUACAAACGGAGAAAACUGAAGCCAUGGAAACAGUCAAAAUGUUGCAAUCUAUUGGUGAGGAAAUUACUGGGGGACAGAAUAACAAAACAGAGAUAAACGAAACAUCAAAACUAACCACAAAACAACAAAAAGAAGUAAAAGAUGGGAUCUUAAAAUGGCUUACAGUAAUCACUAAAAUCGCACAGAAAGCAGAUGAAACUAGCAUGCAUUUUUUAUCAAAAUUGGAAAUAAAGAAAGAGAGCAAGGAUGGAAAAUCUUCCACAAAAAAUAAUAAAAAUUCUGAGAAAAAGAGUAAGGAUGAAAAAUCUUCUACAAAAAAUGAUAAAAAGUCUGACAAAGAGAACAAGGAUGAAAAACCUUCCACAAAAAGUGAUAAAAAGUCUGCCAAGGAGAGCAAGGAUGAAAAAUCUUCCACAAAAAAUAAUAAAAAGUCUGACAAGGAGAGCAAAAUGGAAAAAUCCUCCACGAAAAAAGAUAAAAAGUCUGAUAAGAAGAACAAGGAUGAAAAAUCUUCCACAAAAGGUGAUAAAAAGUCUGACAAGGAGAGCGAUAAGAAGAAAAACAAAAAAGAUGAAUCAAAGAAGAAGAAGAAUGGUGGUAAAGAAGGGAGUCAUGGCUCUGCGAAAUCUAAAGGAGGAAGUGAUGAUGAUAAAAGCAGCAAAAAGAAAAUAAAAAGUAGUGAAAAUGCUGACAAGGAGAACGAUAACAAGAAAAACAAAAAAGGUGAAUCAAAGAAGAAGGAGAAUGGUGGUAAAGAAGGGAGUCGUGGCUCUGCGAAAUCUAAAGGAGGAAGUGAUGAUGAUAAAAGCAGCAAAAACAAAAUAAAAAGUAGUGGAAAUGCUGACAAGAAGGGUAAGGUAGAGAAAAAUAAAGAAGAUUUUGGGCCAUUUCGUACUAAAGAAGAAAGGUUGAGGGCUGAGGAAGCCGAUGAGUAUGACUAG